CUCUCUCUCUUUAUAAUGUCCAUAAACCAGUUCUCUGCAGACGUUCCAGAAACUCUGUGGUGGGCUCAACAACACCACCACCACCACCACCGACAGUCCAUCAUGGAACCAAACCCAAACGCUCCUUCCUCUAAACCACACAAGCUCCCUAUCUCAAACCCCAAUUCUUCUUGGCCUUCCCACCUCUACCCUCACUAUCACCACCUCCAUCCCAUGUUCUCUCCCCAUAACCCCAGUCUCAGUUUCAAUCUCAACCACGGGGACGAUGAAGAACAAGACCCUGAAGAAGAGCCACCCCUCAAGCGACAAGAACAACAAGUUCACCAAGAACUGGAAAAAGAACCCAUGUUCGAGAAACCCUUAACACCAAGCGACGUUGGGAAGCUUAACCGUUUAGUAAUACCAAAACAGUAUGCGGAGAAAUAUUUCCCUCUGGGCGGUGACUCGGUUGAUAAAGUUCUUUUACUGAGUUUCGAGGACGAAUUAGGCAAGUUCUGGAGGUUCAGGUAUUCUUAUUGGAGCAGUAGCCAGAGCUAUGUAUUAACAAAAGGGUGGAGCAGGUAUGUGAAGGAGAAGCAACUCGAUGCAGGCGACAUCGUUUUAUUCGAACGACACCGUAUGGAUAGUGAGAGGCUGUUUAUAGGGUGGAGGAGGAGAGGGGAUAACAGCGGCAGUGGAGUGGUGGUGCAGGGUAGCAGUGGUGGGGUGUGGAGUAGGGGAUUGUAUUCUUCUUCUUCUUCAUCUGGGCACCAACCUUAUCAACAUGGCCAUGGGGCUAACCUUACUGCUUGUGUCCCACAUCAACCUGAGGGUCUCCAUGCAGGGUCUGGUGUGCAGAACCAGAUAAUACCGUUGGGGAACUCAAAGAGGCUGAGGCUAUUUGGAGUGAACUUGGAGUUCCAACUUGAUGAAUCGGAACCAUCCACACCAGAUGGUUCGUCUUUUUCGAGCCAGGGUCCAACGCAACAGCAACUCUACAGCUUUCACUCAGCUUAUUCUUCUUCUUCAAAUAGCAGCCAUGGUCACAUGGAUAUAACUUUAUCAAGAGAUGUCAACCAGACGAGAAAUCAUCGAGGAUAAGAUCUGUGGAUGUGACGUUCCUCGAUUUGACUUAAUUGAACACUCCCCUAUCUCCCUUCCCUACCCCUUCCUCCACUUGGAAGGUGAGAAAGAUUUUAUGAAAAAUAUUUCUUUCUUUAUAUAUAUAUAUAUAUAUAUAUAUAUAAGAAAUCCCUGAAUUUCAGGUGCAAAGUUCAAGCCAGGUAGAAAAGAGGGGAGUGGAAAAAAAAAAUGGAGAAAAUUUUAGAAGGGGGGAAAAGCCAAAGGGAUGAGAGAUGGGGUCCAAUGAAGACAGAAAGGAGUAGAGGGGACAAAUGGUGACAUAAGGAAAUUGCCAAAUGGGAAAAUUUUUGAGUGGGUUGGGAAUUGAAAUUGAGGGAGGAAUCUAUUUAGACACUGUUGAGAUUCUGCCUGAAGAUUUUUCAUAAGGUAUCAUAAUCAUAAUGGAAGAGGGUGGUAUGGUGGUGGAUGGAUGGAUUGACGGGUGGGUGAUGGCCGGCCUUCAAUUCAUGGAUGGCAGCCAAGUAAUGUAGUUGCCUCUCUCUCUCUCUCU